GGCAGGGUUGUAGCUUGGAGGGUGGUCUUUGUAGUGAUUUGCCCAACAUCAAGCAGGCAGUAUGGAGGGACACCCGACCCCCAAUAGCCAGAGGUCCUGCUGGAGAAGAGCUCUUAAUCCCUAGCAGGCCUUGGGGAAGGGCUCUGGUGUCAGCCCGUCAGUCUGCCACCCCCGCUCUUUGCUUCCCUGAGUGGCUGCCCAGCCAAGGACAGGGACACCUGAUUACCUGCUGGGCCUGGGUGCUGCCUGGACUGGUGCCUCUGCCUCUGGCCCCCACACACUUACCGCAGCCAGUCCAGCAUGCUGGGUACCAUGGUCCUACUGCUGGCCCUGCUCCCAGGGAUCUCCACCUUGCCCAGUGGGCCUCCUGCGCCCCCCUUUCCAUUGGCGCCCGGGUCGUGGCUCCGUCGACCCGUUUUCAGUCUAGAGCUGUCAGACGCACAGGACGCGUUCCACCGCCGCGCAGGGCCGCUCGAGGUCCCAGCGGACAGCCGCGUGUUCGUGCAGGCGGCCCUGGCCCGGUCCUCCCCGCGCUGGAGCCUGGCCCUGCACCGCUGCUGGGUGACGCCCUCCUCACGUCCGGCCUCAGGACCCACCCUGGCGCUACUGCGAGGGGGCUGCCCCGCCGAUUCCUCGGUCACCUUCCCGCCACCACGCCCUGGGGCCGCCCGCUUCAGCUUCCGUCUGCGCCCGGUCUUCAAUGCCUCUGUGCAGUUCUUGCACUGCCAGCUGAGCCGCUGCCGCCUCCGCCUCCGGGGAACCCACCGCACUCCUGAACCUCUGACGCUGCCGCCCCAGUCGCCGUGUCUGCCUCAGGAAGAGGCGUGCGCCAGCAGUGGCAGCGGCGAGAGUCUGGGUGCCAACGGCCCCCACCUGCACACACUGACGCAGCCCAUCGUGGUCACGGUGCCACGGCCGCCCCUCAGGCCACCUAAGGGCGUCCCCGGCAUAGCCGUACGCCCUGAGCCUCCUGCGCCGGCCCCGGUGGCCCUGGAGCCUGCACCGUUGGUGGCGCUGGUGGUGGCCGCCUUCUUGUUGGGCGCCGCUCUGGUCGCCGGGCUCGGCCUCGUGUGCGCGCAUUCAGCAGCCCCCAGGGGGCGCCCUUGCACCGGGCCAGCGUUCAGCAACCCCUACUGCUCCGGAGCCUGCCUCUCACUUCCAGCGCCCCCAUCUCCCAGCCCACCCCCGAGAGCCUCGCCUAGCGAUCCGCAGCCUAGAAGACCCCAGUGAGGCAGGGUGGCCUGGGUCGCCCCUUCAAGGGAUGGCGCACCCCCAGCAGAGUCCAGGGACGCACCCGCCAGACUUAUGUCGGAGCAGACUCACCAGUCUGGACCGCAGCCUUCGACCUCGGACCCCACGGGACCACGAUCCCUGCACCCCGCCCCCUCACUCCUCCCACCUGAACUCAAAAUAAACAUCUGGUCUGACCUGCAGAGCUCUGGAGUAUGCUGUGCGCAGGGUUGGGGGUGUGGAGCAGGAAGCGGAGGCUUUGUAUCUGGACU